AUGAGCUCGGCCUGCUUAGUCUCACUUGCCGGCAUUGGGCAUAUCUUAUCCGGCGCCAUAUCUUCGCUCAUCAGCUCUCCGGUGAAGGUCGAGCCGACCAUCGUCGACAGCCUCAGCCAUCUCAUUAUCGAUUAUCGCGGUCCCUGGGUACAGCCCUGGAUCCAUCGUGUAUAUGCCGGAAUGGCUUCUAAGUACGGAGACGAUGACCUACAGGUGCUUACUGGCGGUGGGAUCACCCUGCGUCUUAGCGGCGUAUACCGCCGUCAAGACAGUGCUGCGAAAGACAAAUACGCGCCUGCGUCCUGGUGCGAAGGUCUCCCCAGGUCGCUUCCCGGUAGCAUGUUCCACAUAUUAAAGUUCACGCUCCACGACCUUCGCUUCCACAGCACCGCAGAGCUGCUGCGUUUCGUCCAGGGUAGUCCACUUCUGAGCGAACUGAGCUGCACGAAGCUCAAGUUUGACAAGGAUAUGCCCCCGCAGUUCACAGAUCGCCACAGACGAGCUCGAAACCGCCUUCGUCAUGUUCGGGUUACAGAUUGCGGCUCCUCCAGUGAUGACCUCGACCUUGCGUUCUGGAUUUUCCAUGUUCAAGCCCCCCACGGCGUCUUCAAACGCGUGCUCCUGGACUCCUUUUCACAGUGGGAUAUCCUGCAUAGCGCCGCACACGCAAUUUGCGGCGCGUCUACCUUUAAGGAGGUCAGCGUAAUCCCGCAGUUUAUGAAGGAACCUCCCGAGUGUGAGCUAUACGCUCGUAUGCUUGAUUCGAAGGCGGUCUUCAGCUACCAAAUUCACAUCAGAGUAGUGAAAAACACCCCGAACAGCGAAUUCUCUGCUCAUGGCAUCAGAUCCAUGACAUUUGAUUUCCUCCGCCGAACCAAAGUCGAGGACGUCGCCUCGAUGGGCUGGCAGUCUAUUGAACAGGCCGCUCUCGACAUGCGUCCCUCAGAGAAGCUGCGCAUCAACGUGCACGAACUCCCCGUGUUCGAGUGGUUCCUCGACGCCAUACCGGCUGGGAGGAUCCUUUCUCAGCUUUGCCACCCGCGCAACGUCGAGAUCUUGUACGUCCAUGGCCUUCCUUCGACAGUGAGAACAACAGCAGAGGAGAUCCUCCGCGCUCCCUCGACCUACACUGUCGACGGGCGGGCCGUGCAAUUAAAGCGCCCGCAAAUCAUCCGUCUCGCAGGAUGCGAGGACGAUGCGAAAAAGCAGGCUUUUCUUCGUGAGGUCCUCGCUUCCAAUCAGGCCAAGCAUCUUCAGCCGCAGAUCGACGGCGCGCUCACGUCGCCUAGAGGAACUGCCGUGGUAACUUCGCUCCGUUCCCUAACAGAGUAUACGAACUAA